GUGUGAAUUUCUUUCAAGAUAUCACCACUUUCGCCACUGGGGUGCAGGGCUGAUCCAGCAGGAAUAACUUCUUUACACUUACAUUUUUUGUAGUGGAAGAAUUGUCUGUUGGUUUGUUGUGCACGAGUACUUGGUGCGUGUAGUUGGUGUUUCCAGUGCAGUGAAGUAUCUUCAUUAAAAAAAUUGUUUUCAACGAGAGUCUAGAGAGGAGCUCGUAAUUGAUUUCUUAGAAUAUCCUUUCUGAGCUGUCACGUCAGUGUCUUUCGACCACUGUGUGUUCCCGAGGUAAUCCAUGUUCUACUCUGCGGAAUACGUUCCUGGGAGCGGUCCACAUCCAAUCAACACCUCCUAUUGUGAAGUCUGCUGCGCAGAGGUUGGCGCUCAUGCAGAGUUCUGGCCAGCAUAGCGCAAAAUUCUGAACAAUUGUUCUCAGUUCAGUGCAUUCCCUGGCCUCAGUGUGGCACUGGCAGUGUGGGGCCUGGAGUUAUUGUUCUCAGUUCAGUGCAUUCCCUGGCUUCAGUGUGGCAUUGGCAGUGUGGGGCCUGGAGUUGUGGCUACACCGUUCCUGCUCUGUGUGCUAGCUAUUAGCAAACGCUAUUAGCAUGUGUAGUAGCAACACACAGGCAUAUGUGCUGGCGCUGCGUCCAUGGACCUACGCACAGUCGGUGUUCCCUGCCGCACUCGGUGCCAGCAUAGCGUACGCUGACAUGCACGAAGUGCAGCUGCUCGCUGUGGUGCUGUCACUGCUAAUUGUCCUCUCGGUACAUUCUGCUGGUAAUCUGGUGAAUACGUACGACGAUUACAUACGAGGUGUGGACGAUAGUGACUCGGCCGAUGACCGUACUCUGGUUGACUCGCGCUUGACGGCACUGACCGUGCAAUACAUGGGCACGGGAUUCUACAUAGUUGGCCUGCUACUGUUCGGAUGUCUGUGUCUCAUCUCCAGGACGUCACCAUUGUUGCUAUCCUUCAUGUUCUUCGGCGGCUUGUCCGGCUCCUUCCUCUACACACGUGAACCAGCCGUCUUGAAGCACAUCGGCUGGGGAGAUCUGGUGGUGGUGAUCACGUUUGGUCCACUGACAACGCUCUUCACCUAUCUUUCCACGGGCGGUGCUAUCUAUGCUGUACGAUGGCUUGAAGUAGUAGUACUGGCUUUGCCAAUGGCGUUCCUCACCGAGGCCGUCCUGCAUAGCAAGCACACAAGAGACGGCGAGCGCAAUCGCAAGCAGAAGCCAGCAACGCUCGCUUCGCUGUUGAACCGUGGCUGGUCGCAUAUCUGGUAUUGUUUGAUGAUCUUUGUUCCCUAUGGUUUCCUAACCGUGUUAUCAGUCUGGUAUUCCGUGCUGUUCUGCCUACCGUUUGUUACAUUGCCUCAUGCAUUCACGAUAGAAAAGGACUUCAGAUUUGGUCGCAUGCGAUCAGUUCCACAACAAACUGGAAAAUUAGGUGCCAUUUUUAGCCUGUUGUAUGUCCCAGUGUUUCUAUAUGUGUCCGUCUAGUUCAUGAAGUGUUAUGCUCAUUCAACCCCCUCAUCAUCUCCCUUCAGUCUUCAGAGGUACACUUGACAUACAAAAUUAUCACCACGAAAUGGAAGAUCAUAUUUAAAAAAAACUUUCUUUAUUAGUUUUAUAUUUGAACAGGUGGCGAGCUCGAGGUGACAACAAUUUUAAGAUGGCAAUAAACAGAA